CUUCAUUUGUAAGCUUGCCGUCGUAAUUGCUACAGAAGCAAGAGGUGCCAGGAGCAGUAGCAACUUAGCAGAAAUAGCUCUUCCUCUCCUGACCACAAUCAAGCAGCUGUAAACUCAACUGGGGGUCUAGACUCAGUCUUCCAAAGCAGUACCGGUUUCUUAGAGCGCAUUCUUUAGAGAAAAUCUUUUAGGCGCAUCGUUUGGAAUUGGCUGACAUUGCAUGUGAGCUGGAGAUUUUACUGAACGACACUGGAUUUACCCAUUACUCUAUCAAGUGUUGAGCGGACUUGAGCAUCCAAAAUGUCAUCAUCUUUGGUUCUGUACUUUCUUCCCUUGCUGUUUGCACACCGGGUGCAGUCAGCCGGCAAGUUCGAGCUCAAGGUACACUCGUUUGUCAGCUCGCGCAGCCUGUGCUCACUGCUGCCUGCCCAGCGGGAGUGCCGCCUCUUUUUCCGGGUGUGUCUAAAGCAUGCCGAGCCUGUCAUCUCACACGAUCCACCCUGCACCUACGGCACUGGUGGCACCGAGGCAAUCGCGCCAGACAAGGACGCCAUCAAAACAAGCGCUCCCAUCCGCGUGCCUUUCAACUUUAAAUGGCCGGGGACUUUUUCUUUGAUCAUUGAAGCCUGGAACACGGUCUCUGCAGACCCAGCAAUAGAAAACUCUAAGAAUCUAGUCAGUCGUAUUGCUACCCGCCGCAGAUUGGCAGUGGGUGAAGACUGGUCCCAAGAUGUCCAUCUUGGGGAGCAGAGUGAACUGCGCUACUCUUAUCAUGUUGUGUGUGAUGAGCAUUAUUAUGGUGAUAGCUGUUCUGACUACUGUCGUCCUCGUGAUGACACUUUUGGCCAUUUUACCUGUGAUGCUGGCAACCGAAUCUGCCUUCCUGGUUGGAAAGGAGAAUACUGCACAGAGUCCAUCUGCCUGCCUGGGUGCAACGAAAGCCGGGGAUAUUGUGAGAAGCCAGGGGAAUGCAAGUGCCGUGUUGGAUGGCAAGGACGCUUUUGCGAUGAGUGUGUUCGCUACCCAGGCUGCUUGCAUGGAACUUGUAGCCAGCCAUGGCAGUGUGAAUGCCAGGAAGGAUGGGGUGGGCUGUUCUGUAACCAGGACCUCAACUACUGCACCAACCACAAACCUUGCAUGAAUGAAGCGGCCUGUACCAACACUGGUCAGGGUAGUUACACCUGCACCUGCAGACCAGGCUUCUCUGGAACCAAAUGUGAGAUUGAGAUCAACGAAUGUGACAGCAACCCAUGCAGAAAUGGAGGAAGCUGCAAUGAUCAGGAGAAUGAUUACAGCUGCACAUGCCCUCAGGGAUUCUAUGGUAAGAACUGUGAGAUAAGUGCCAUGACUUGCGCUGAUGGCCCCUGCUUUAACAGUGGUACCUGUGUGGAGAAGAGCACUGGAGGCUACAGUUGCCUUUGCCCAGCCAACUACCAUGGAUCAAACUGUGAGAAGAAGAUUGACAGGUGCACCAACGGCCCUUGCCUUAAUGGUGGAUUUUGCCUGGACAUGGGCCGUGGAGUAAUUUGCCGUUGCCGUCCUGGAUUUACUGGACCCCGCUGUGAGAUAAACAUUGAUGAUUGUGCAGUAAAUCCCUGUGCCAAUGGUGGUACCUGUAUUGAUGGAGUUAACAGCUACACCUGUUCCUGUACCCUUGGUUAUGGUGGGAAGGACUGUAGAAUCCGCAUGGAUGCAUGCAGUUCAAAUCCCUGCCAGAAUGGCGGCAUAUGUUAUACACACUUCACUGGACAUGUCUGCCAAUGCCCUGCAGGUUACAUGGGGUCAGUUUGUGAGUUUCUGGAUAAGCCCACGGCUCGUGAAGAUGUGCAAGAGAAUCAAUUUUCUGUUGCCCUGGCUAUCUCAUUUGCUCUUGGGCUAGUUACUUUGGCUCUGGUUGUUUGUGCCGCUGCUGUUCUAUUGAAACAGAUGAGGCAGAAUCGGAGAGGUAAAGAAGACAGUGUCAAGAAUGACCUAGAGACGAUAAAUAACCUAAAAGAGAAGGAGGCCUUUGUUAUCUCCACAGGGCACUUCAAAGUCUCAAAUAAAGAUGCAGAGUUGAGCAGUGACUGCCUUACAGAAAAGUUCAAUUAUAAGCAAAAACUUUUGGAUUAUAACCUAUCAGAAGAAGAUUGUAUCCUUAAACAGAAACGAGAGAACAAAAGAUCAGAGAAGUCCUUGUCAAAUCCAACCAUUGGAUAUCCAAAAGAAGGAUUAUAUCGUCCUAUUUACGUCAUCCCUGAACAGAUAGAGCAGUGCAUUUUUGCAACAGAGGUUUGAAAAUAAAUCAUAAAAUUCUUCCCCUUCAUGCGACUGCUAAGAAAUGUUUACAGUCAUUUGGACUAUUAAGACUUGAUGUAUUUCUUUAUAUUUAAUAUUUAUUCAUGCUGCUACUUCAUGGAACGGACUACUGUCAAAUAUCAAAAAGGAUGUUUUAAACCUGGCUUUGAAGAGAAAGAAAGAAGGAUGGCGGAGGCAACCUUUGAAAUGGAGGCGUUUGAAAUGAAAGCUGGGGAUAUUUGCACUACUUUUUGAGGAUAUAAUUUCAUAUCUUUAGAACCAAGGAUUAAAGAAAAAAAGGCUGGUCCUUUUUUGGUGGAAGUGCCAUGAAAUUGUGACUUUAGAGAUAAGACAGACUAAUACUAUUUUUACCUGCGAUACUGGAAUCUCGGCCUAAAAGUGGUUGAAACAUUUUCUUGUCCCCUUCCGUUGAGCCAAACCAGCCAAAAAUGUACCUAACAUAAUAAAUAAAAAUUCUCAGGGGAAUUUUUAGAGUUACUUGUAACAAAAAGUGCCUGAUAAAAUUAAAAGGGAUGAAGACUUUGGUACUUUGUUAGAGCUUGAAAAGCAAUUUUUUUUAUUUGUGUAUAGGAACCAAUUCAAAAUGAAACAUCAACAGUUUAGGAAUUAGUAGUAAAGCUGCAAGAUGUGUUUCUGAUCUUUCCAUUCAACAGCAAGAUGCCAUAAAAUUUGCAACUGGAUUUGUGUUAUCUCAUAUAGGUUUGUCACUUUCAGGAGUAAGUUUUGAAAAUGUGUCUAUAUGAAGGUCUUGAUUUAUCAUUGGAAGCAGUUUAUCAUAAUGUUUUAUUUUAUUUUUUUUAUUUUAUGUCAUAAUUUAAAACAUGCUACCUGUACAAAGCUUUGAAAUACUUUUUUUUAUAUAUUUAAGUUGUAUAUAUGUAUAUUUAUGAGAAGACUGUAUAUAUGUCAGUGUUGUGUUUUAUGUCUUUUCAGUCAGAGAAAGAGUUCAGAAUUAUAUAUUUUUUGCCAAAUAAAUCUGAAACCAUUCUAGGCCGG